GGGAUGGCGGCGGUGCGCGUGCGCGCUCACUGUCGGGCACUCCUGCCGAGAGAAGCUAACUGGCCGAGGCUGGAGGAAGCUGGCCGAGGCUGGGGGAGGCCGACCUCGCUACGCUCGGGUGAAAGGGCUGCGGGGCUGGGUGGGACCGAGUUCCAGGACUGACGCCCGGGGCUGCCGUGAGUGCUGCGAGCCGCUGCGGAGCCGCGCGCCGCUCAGGCGGGGCGGGGCCGGCCCAGCGGCGUUCGCGCGUGCCCGUGCCGAGGUGCCCGCUCCGGCUGCAGCGCUCCUUGCCUGCGGCGACGUCGCACCGGUGUCUCCAGCAUGACCGAGCUGAGGCAGAGGGCGGCCCGCGAGCCGGAUGCAGCGCCCGAGGAUAAGGAAUCAGAGUCAGAAAUAAAAGUAGAUGGAGAGACUGCAUCGGACAGUGAAAGCCGAGCAGAAGCUGCUCCCAUAUCAACCUCUGCAGAUGAUACCCCAGAGGUCCUCAACCGGGCCCUUUCCAACUUGUCUUCAAGAUGGAAGAACUGGUGGGUGAGAGGCAUCCUGACCUUGGCCAUGAUUGCUUUCUUCUUCGUCAUCAUUUACCUGGGGCCGUUGGUGUUAAUGAUGAUUGUGAUGUGUGUUCAGAUUAAGUGUUUCCAUGAGAUUAUCACUAUUGGUUACAACGUCUACCACUCCUAUGACCUGCCCUGGUUCAGAACCCUCAGCUGGUACUUUCUACUGUGUGUAAAUUAUUUCUUCUAUGGUGAAACAGUGACAGAUUACUUCUUCACGCUGGUCCAGAGAGAGGAGCCUUUGCGGAUUCUCAGUAAAUACCACCGAUUCAUUUCCUUUACCCUCUAUCUAAUCGGAUUCUGCAUGUUUGUGCUGAGUCUGGUCAAGAGGCAUUAUCGACUGCAGUUCUACAUGUUUGGCUGGACCCAUGUGACAUUACUGAUUGUUGUUACCCAGUCACAUCUCGUUAUCCACAACCUGUUUGAAGGAAUGAUCUGGUUCAUUGUCCCCAUUUCCUGUGUGAUCUGUAAUGACAUCAUGGCCUAUAUGUUUGGCUUCUUCUUUGGUCGGACCCCACUUAUUAAGCUCUCCCCGAAGAAGACCUGGGAAGGCUUCAUUGGGGGCUUCUUUGCAACUGUGGUGUUUGGCCUUCUGCUGUCCUAUGUGAUGUCUGGGUACAGAUGCUUUGUCUGCCCUGUGGAGUACAACAAUGACACCAACAGCUUCACUGUGGACUGUGAGCCCUCGGACCUGUUCCGCCUGCAGGAGUACAACAUUCCUGGGGUGAUCCAGUCGGUCAUUGGCUGGAAAACAGUCCGGAUGUACCCCUUCCAGAUCCACAGCAUUGCCCUCUCCACUUUUGCUUCGCUCAUUGGCCCCUUUGGAGGGUUCUUCGCAAGUGGAUUCAAACGAGCUUUUAAAAUCAAAGACUUUGCCAACACCAUUCCUGGCCACGGGGGCAUUAUGGAUCGCUUUGACUGCCAAUAUCUGAUGGCCACCUUUGUCAAUGUGUACAUCGCCAGUUUUAUCAGGGGCCCGAACCCUAGCAAGCUGAUUCAGCAGUUCCUGACCCUGCGACCAGAUCAGCAGCUUCACAUCUUUAACACGCUCAGGUCUCACCUGAUGGACAAGGGGAUGCUGACAGCUGCCAUGGAGGGCGAUUAGGGGCUGCCAGGGCCAGGAGAGCAGGAGCAGGACUGAGCAGGACGGGGCUCCGAGGCAAGCCCAGCGGUGUGACUUAGACAAUGAUGAGGCUUCAACUCACUGUCUUUUUUUUUUUUGUAGUGUUUUUUAUUUGUGGCUUUUUAAAAAAAACCUGUAUAUGCAGUCUAUGUGCUUGUGAUUUGGAUUGUGAGUGAAUUACAGCUUUGAGUUGGAAAGAAGUCAUGGGGGUAAAACUGUUUGGGGUUUUUUAAACAAAAGGUUUCAACAAAUUGGAAGACGGUGUUGCCCAGCUUGGGAGUGUCUGCUUGGCACUUUGGGCUCCCAAGCUAAGAGCUUCUGUUUCUGGGCCCAGUCAGAGUUUGAUGUUCAUCUAUGUCCGACCUGUUCAGGGGCCACCAGCAGGAUGGGGUGCUUGGAUGUCUUUGCUGCUGGAGAGCUGUCACCUGGGCUUCUCUGUAAUCCCUGCCGUGGGGCUGCAGGCUGGCUGCCUUCCGGAGUCUGGAGGGACUGAGGCUUGUUAAUCCCAGACAGGCAUUCUGCCCAUGGAAUCCAGGGAGCCUGAGCUCUGCUGUGUGAUACGGGUUUACUUUAUCACAGACUGAAAGAAGCCUUCAGUUAUUUUUUUUCAGAGAACACGAAAAAUUACACAGCCUGGAAAACCAAUGUACUAUUUCAAGCGUGUGCGGUAGAAUGUACUGUGACUGAGCCCUUUCCCGUGGUUUCAGGUUCAAGUGGCUCCUUAGGGCAGUGCAGCUAACUGUGGCUUUUCAGGGAUGAUGCUGUUUGUGCUCUAGGCAUGUUGCUGCUGAAUUCUUCCUGGGGUCUUUCCCCUUAGGCAGGGAGCGGGGCUUCUCGUUCAUGCACCCUUUGCCUGAGCAACCACCCACGGAGCUGCUGUGUUGUGUAUAUAUUACCUUAGGGCAGGUGUGUGUCUGUGUGUGUGUUUCUCAGUGAUUUCAGUUGUGCCGUGACUUCCUCAUUGAAACCACAGAGUCUUGCUUACCACUCUGGAAAACCUAACCGCAUUCGAGGUUUGACUAUCCUGAAGAUUAAAUGCACACUUUAUAACUUUGUAUAAUGUGACCAGUUUAAAUGUAGUUUUUGUUUUAUUGGAAGACUCUUUUUCUUCUAAAUUGUGAUUUUUCCACCCCCUUCCUGAUUAUAGGAGUGAGGUUGACUUUGGGAAGACUAGUUCUUUGUCAGGAUAACAAGCAAGGGAGUACAGAAGAGAGAACUUGGUGCCUAAAUGUGUUCAAUUUUUCAUGCCACAGUGGUUCUCAUUGCCAACGAGGGUGUAAUGGCUCACUUUAGCACCUUUGCUGUUGGCUUGUUUCAUUUCUGUUUAAGUCAGCCUUCUGCCCCCUCGGAAAGCUCACAGUCAGCCCAGGUCACUGAAGUGUCCAGCCCUCUCGACACCCCAGCUCACUGCAGAACCUUCCGCAUGCAUGCAGCCCUGGAGCAGCUUCUUUCUUCUGAGCUUGUACUUCUUCUGUCUUAGCAUAUGGCUUUUCCCUUUCAGGUCCAAGGCCCUCUUAACAGGAAAAUGUGUUUUUACAUGGGGUUUCAGUCCUGACUGUGUGACUCUGGGCAGGACACAUCACUCUGUGGGUUCCUGUUUUCUGAGCUGUCUUCUAAUUCCAGUAUCUAUGAUUCUGACUGAGCAAGUUCAUGUCACCAGAGGCUUCUGGUCGGUCAUGUCCGGGGCACCAAAAAACAAGUGCUUUCGGGCCUUUUCUAAAUACGUGUCCUAGAGAUGAGUCAGGAGCUCAGUGACAGAUCUUAAACAUUGAGGUAAUUAGUAACAAAUCUAGUUUUCUCAUUGACGAAUGAACUUGGUUCCCAAACCAGGGACAGAAGGCUGCCUCAUUUGUCUCUGUUGCCCCAUUGUGGGCCUAUGGUGGGGCCCUUGGUUGCUGGGGCCCAGCAGCUGAGAGCUGCUCUUGAAUAGGGUUGCCUUUGGGAUCAGCAGUACCUGGUGCGUUCCUUUGUGGAAACUGUCGCUGGUGGGGGUCCUGGGCAAGCAACUGAAGCUGGAGGCUCACCAGGGCUGCCAGCAAGGUCAGAGGGUCAGCUGGGUUAUUUUCUUCUGCUUUCCGCACACACUCUCUGGUGAAGAGGAAUUUCCUAGUUCAGUAGCCAGGAGAGCAAUACCACAUUGUGUCUGUAGUGCCACACUCUUCUUUCUUCCAUUUCUUGAAAAUAUUUUGCCAUACAGUCAAGAUGCAAGAGACUCACCAUCAAACUGUGCAGAUCUUGAAGGCAUGGCUUGCUUCUGAUCCUUUUAUUUUUAAUUGAAGUAAGAAAUAAAAUGUGACUGAAACUAUG